AUGAUGUCUCCCAAGUGGAACGAUCCUGACCCUGGCUUUGUCGCCAUGAGUCAGGCCAUUGCCCUCAACCCCUAUCAUGAUGCCCCUUUUGUCCCUCAGCAUCUCAUGAGUCCUCCUAUUGCUUAUCCCGAGCCUUUGUCACCUUGUCUUUGCGCUGAACCUGAGCCUGAUUCUGUUCUUGAGCCCAAGUCUGAGCAAGAGCUUGAUCCUGAGGUCGAGGCUGAAGACCAAUCUGAGCAUCAGCACGAACCUGAGCCUAAGUCUGAGCCCUCCCCCCCUCAGGAGGUCAAGCAAGAGAUAGCCUGGUCAACAAUCGAAGCAGGCCUUCAAGGCUUCUCAAGUGUGAGACCAUCUACUUCUUCGUCCUCCAAUGGCUACAUUGACGACUAUGACUGUGUUUACUAUUCUGACACUGUCGACGCUGUUAAGACGGUUCAGUCCUUUCCCUAUCCUUUCAGCGCAAGCUGGAACUCCCAGUCUUACUUGCCAAUGGUUGGAGACAUUACCAUGGGUGCUGAUGGACACAUCACUACUCAGGUCGCUGGCAACAGUGGUACUGCUGGCUAUUUUUCUGUCUUUCCAACUGCCUACCAGCCUCAACCAUACCAUCCCUCCUAUGGUGAUGAUUACCAGGGCACUGCUUCCUCUGCUACUGCUUCGUACGGACCGUCCGAUGGUGCUGCUUCUUAUGGCACUGCUUCUUACGACAGCAACGCUUUUGGCAACGCCUAUGUCAAUGCCUAUAACAGCAACCCCUACAACAACACUGCCUACAAUCAUGCUUCAGUUCAAGGCAUGACUGGAUCUCAAAUGGCAAUGGGGUACUCUGAGCAGUACAAUCCUUACGACGACGAGGCAUCCCAGAUGCCCUUGUCGGCAAGCAUGCCUACCUCCAUGCCGGCUACUCCCAUGCCAGGCUUGAACAUCUCGACUCAACGAAUAGUCCCACCAAGCACUCCUUUGCGAGGCGAUCGCUGUAGCACUACAUUCUAUCGCUACGUAACUCCUCCUCACCAUACUGCGGGAGCAGCUCACUACGUGCGUGGGGAACACCAGCCCUCACACGUCCGUGGACUUUCCGGUGACUCCGACUCUGGACGCUCUUCGUCGUCGCGUUCGUCGUCCUCCUCUUUCUCGUCGGGCGCUUCUACCGCAGGAUACCAUCGCCAGAGCGUCCUAGACAGCAUCCCACUUCACAAGCUACAGGCAAUGCAGAAGAAUCCUUUACCCCCAAAGGACGAUAACCUUGCCAAGGAUCGCUAUAUUGUCAAGGGCAAACAGCUGAAGCUUUCUUACGGUCAAAUCAAGGCAAUCGCAAACUGGCCCGACGCCGAGUCCACUCUUCGUGGCCGCUUCCGCAACUUCACCAAGGCCAAGCACGAGCGUGUCCGCAAGCCUAUUUGGCAUGAGAUCGACAAACGCCUCCUCAUCCGAGUUGUCCUGAAGUACGCUCGAGAAAGUCUCGACAGAAUGCCUGCUAGCGGCCGUGGAAGCAUCGCCGGUCAUCGCCCUGGUAUGUGCUACACCGUCCAGACCCUUCCCGAAGGUGUCGAAGCGAACAUCCCCUGGCGAGACGUCGCGAAGCGUAUGGUGGCAUGGGGCGGUACCUAUGCAUUUGGCGCCUCGACUACCAAGCGCAAGUGGUUCGAGCUCACUCGACGCAAGCGCUCGUUCUGA